GACAGUAAGUGGUCUUACAACUUAAACCGUGCCACUGAUUUCCUCUGCUUGUGGAGAGAGAGACAGAGAGAGAGAGAGAGAGAGAGAGAGAGAGAGAGAGAGAGAGAGAGAGAGAGAGAGAGAGAGAGAGAGAGAGAGACAGGACAGUGCAUACAGGACAGUGUUUGACAGAAAGGGGGCGCUCUGGGUCUUGAAAUCCGCCGGCAUCCGAGCGUCCUCUUGCAGUUGACAGGGAGCUGGAGGCGCACAGCACACAGGAGCCCCGCUGGUUGAGAAGGUUUCAGGUCCGACUCUCCCAGCGCUUCCAGUUUAUUAAGUCUGCCGCUCUGGAUGAACCUUGAGCGGACCGGUACAGCCGAGAUCAGAGGCAGCAGAACUGAUGGCCCGGACGCGCUGUUUUUAAAAAUAUUCACCUGUAUAGGCACAGGUUCGGAAGAGCGCGCCCAGCCGAGCUCGGAGCCCCGGCUUUCGGAUCCCUCCUGUGCCACGUCCGCCGAGUCCUCCCCGCUCCAGCAGCCUUGCCCCGGCCGCAGCCACGACACCCCUAAACCCCGGACACCCAGCACCAUUCAGCGCGAAGCUCUUUCACCAGACAUGCCCUGUGUGCAGGCUCAGUACGGGCCGGCCCCUCCAGGCUCUGCUUACUCCGGCCAGUCCUUUGGCUACCAGGGUGACAGCUACAGUUCUGACCUUAUGACCCCGGACUACACCAAGCUGGACCUGGGUGGGGGUGAGAUCUCUGCUGCUGCCACCACCUCCCUCCCGAGCUUCAACGUCUUUGUGGAGGGCAGCUACGAGCCCAAGUCCUCCUGCCUCUACCAGAUGCCCCCCCACAGGCCUACCAUUAAGAAGGAGGAGGACAGUUACCCAACUGCCCCGCCCAUGGAGGCCAUGACCUCCACCACCAUGUACUUUAAGCAGUCCCCUCCAUCCACCCCCACCACCCCAUCCAUGACACAGCAGCCUGGGACCUCCUUCAUGUGGGAUGAACACUCCUUGGGCCCACAGUCUCACCCUCACUCCAUGGGGUCGGGCCUCGAGUCGGGACCCCUCAAGUCCCCUCGCUUUUCGCACUUUUACCAGCACUCUCCGCCUCACAGCGGCGGCAGCGUUGGCGGCUACGAGAGCCUCGGAGGGGGGCUAGUUCGCACCUCAUCCUCUUCGUCCUCAUCUUCUUCGUCAGUGUCCCACCCGCACGGCCAGCAUCUGGAGCAACCCAUGUACCAGCUGCACCGCGGGGCUGGGGGCAGCAGCCUCGCCUUCCGCUCUCUGGCUCUGGGACCAUGUGGCCCCCUGCUAGGGGACAGCCUGCCCUCGCCGCCCCCUCGGGGUCCACAGGGGGAGGGGACCUGCGCGGUGUGUGGGGACAACGCAGCAUGCCAGCACUACGGCGUACGCACCUGCGAGGGCUGCAAGGGCUUCUUCAAGCGCACCGUGCAGAAAAACGCCAAGUAUGUGUGUCUGGCCAGCAAGAACUGUCCUGUGGACAAAAGGAGGCGCAACCGCUGCCAGUAUUGCCGCUUUCAGAAGUGCCUAAGCGUGGGCAUGGUGAAAGAAGUGGUCCGUACUGACAGCUUGAAGGGCCGCAGAGGACGGCUGCCCUCCAAACCAAAGAGCCCCCUGCAGACAGAGGCUUCCCCUCCGUCGCCCCCGCUCAGCCUGCUCUCUGCUCUGCUCAGGGCUUACUCCCACUGCACACCGCGAGACCUUGACUACAGCCAGUUCAGCGCCGCCGACCCUCCGACCUCCACCUCAGACGCGGAACACAUCCAGCUCUUCUACAGGCUGCUCACAAUCUCGAUGGAGACCACCAGGUGCUGGGCCGAGCGGCUGCCGGGCUUCACUGAGCUCCAGCGUGACGAUCAGAACCUGCUCAUAGACUCAGCCUUUUUGGAGCUGUUUGUCCUGCGACUUGCAUACAGGUCUAUGCUGUCGGAGGACAAGCUGGUGUUCUGCAACGGCUUGGUGCUGCACAGAUUCCAGUGCCUUCGUGGGUUUGGAGAGUGGCUGGACUCCAUCCGGGAUUUCUCUUCUCACCUUCAGACCCUCAACCUCGAUGCGUCUGCCUUCGCUUGCCUGUCUGCCCUCGUUCUGCUCACAGAUCAAGUCCCGGGUCUGAAGGACUCCAAGCGCGUGGAGGAGCUGCAGAACAAAGUCAUCUGCUGUCUCAGGGACCACCUGGGCUGCGGGGCGUCCUCCUCCUCCACCAAGACCACGCCUCCUCUGAGCCGUGUGCUGGGCCUGAGGGCAGAGCUCCGCUCGCAGAGGACCCAGGGCCUGCAGCGGAUCUUCUACCUGAAGCUGGAGGACCUCGUACCGCCGCCGCCGUCAAUCGACAGAUUCCUGGACACCCUGCCCUACUGAGGACUCGGGCUGAGCGCGGUGAAAGAAACCCACGUCAACCUCCUGUUCAGGCCUUUUGACCCCACGACUCCCAAAAGGGGGAGAGAGAGACAGAGAGAGAAAGAGAGAGAGAGAAAGAGAGAUUCUCUGUUCUGGCCGAUGCAGAGCUGAGAGAGCAAAUCCAAGGCUUCUCGCUCAGUGUGGGGGAGGAAAACCAAACGGACAACCAACAAAAAUGCUUUUCUUCUGUAAAAAAAAUAAAAAGAAAGAAAGAAAAAUAGACAAUAACUCAAAGACGCUUUGCAACCUUUUAUUUGAUCCUCCACUCUUUGUCUUGUGGGGGAGGAUGAUGAAGCUGAGUUGCACAUCAGAAUGACUUGUUCCUGUCCUUUCUCCAUCUGGGUGGCAGCUCACUUUUGCAAAAACAAAAAGAGGAAGAAGGGUUUAUGAGUACUGUUUUAAUCUGUGUUUGGCCUCGCUCAUUCUGUCCAAGAACUUCUUCUUUUCAGAAAAGAUCAAGUCUCUGUGGGGCAGAAGGUUUGCUGAGCUGUUCGUGCCCCUGUGAGACUCAAGUUUGUGCCUGUCGAUAAGAGGAAGCGUCGUGUUUUCAUACUGAAGUGUAGAGAAAUGUCAGAGGUCAGACAUGAAGGGCAGAAACACAUACAAAUAUUUCAUAAACACGUGGAAGUGGCGAAGGAGGCAGCCUCUUAAUUACAAAGUGCAAUUUCACCACAAAAAGGAAGACACGGAGGAGGGAAGGUCUAAUUUCAAACUCUAAAUUAUUUUAAUACAAAGACUUUGUUUCUGCGUGUGGCUUUUUACGCAGCAAAGGACAAACUGUGCACUAAACGAUCCAUGACUGAGUCACCCAGACUUGAACUCUCUCAUCUGUCUUUUUUUUUUUUUGUUUGUUUGUUUGCUUGUUUGUUUUCUUGUUUUCUAUUAUUAUCUCAUUUUAAAAUCACAGGUUGGGGUUGAACAUGUGGAGGAGCGUUUGCACAUGGUCACAGAUUGGCUUGUAAAGCACUUACAAAGAAGGAAGGGCUACGAGUGCAGACACACGCCCGGGCCCCCCGGGCCGCGGGGCGUUCGACAGAUCCAGGAGGGACAGAGGGAGGAGAGAGGAGUUUUUUGGGGGGGUUGCGGGUUAAACAUUCCACGUUUGUGCUCUUUUUUUUGUUUCUUUACAUUUCUGUCGUGGAUGCUGCGCAGGAGUCCCUGAGCCUGAGAGAGAGGUCAGGAUCGUGGUGCAAGCUGCCGAGAGCUGCCAUCGCAUUUCAAAACAACGGCUCCGGCUGCGUUUGCUGCGCGGGGAUCUCCCCAGGCCUCCACCGCCCACUCACACCCUCACAGCAGCAGUUUUAAAAGGAACGAAGCAAAUUAUAGAUAUAUAAAUAUAAUAUAAAUAUAUAUAUAUAUACGUAUAUAUAUAUAAAUAAAAACUAAUAUUUUGAAGUGUUUUUAGCUUUUUCAAACAUUGUGGUACAACUUGUGCAUUUUCUUUUUUCUUAAAAAGAAGAGAAAUGAAAAAGAAAACAACUUGCUGUUUUUUCAAUGUAUUCUUUGGUUUGAG